UCCGAGGGAACCCAAUCCGAACAUGCGGCAGGGCUGUUCGCCCUGCCGUCUUGGGAAUGGCUCCCGACGUCAUGGCAUCGUGGGGUAGCGGCACGAAUCUCCCCGCGGCGGGCCACCAUGGCAAAGGCGAUUGAAAGAAUACUAAAAAAAAAGUGCCAUCAUAGACGGACCAGGACGGCAGAUUGCCCUAUUUAGCCGCAGUACAGCCGUCUGGAGGACUAGCAUAUAGGUAUUUCAUCGAAGCCCAGGGGGUGAGAGAGAGAGGAGGAAAAAAAAGGAAAAGAGACUCUCAAGAAUCUUCCACAUCUGGACUCUGCUAAGACCAGCCUGAAGGUUGCGAAAUCGAUUCCAAGAAACAAUGGCAAUCGGCAUCGCACUCAUCGGCAGCGGCAUCUUCGCCAAAGAAGAGCAUCUCCCCGCCAUCCAGGACACGCCCAGUCUGCAUCUCAAAGCCGUAUACUCGCGCACGCUCAAAUCCGCGCAAGCGCUCGCCGAGAAGCUGUCAGACGUCGCCUUGUACAGCGACGACCAGGACGACGGCAAAAAGUUCGACGAUCUACUCCAGCGCGACGACAUCCAGGCCGUAGUGAUUGCCCUCCCCAUCCUCGCACAACCAACAUACAUCAAACAAGCCCUCGCAGCAGGCAAACACGUGCUGGCCGAGAAGCCCAUAGCACACGACGUCGCCACGGCACAGUCGCUCUUAUCCUGGACUUGUGAUGCCAAGAAUGCCUCGGCUACAUAUCGCGUGGCUGAGAACUUCCGCUUCCUCGACUCCUUCACAUGGGCGGCUCAGCAACUCGCGUCGCUCGGCCGCGUGCUGACCUUUGGCGUGCGUGUCGCCGCCAUGGUGCACGCAGGCUCAAAGUACUACGAGACGUCGUGGCGCCAGAAACCAGAGUACCAGGGCGGCUUUGUGCUCGACGGCGGCAUACAUUUUGUCGCUGCGACGCGACUGCUGCUGCAUGGGGCUGGCGGGCGCAAAAUCACAAAAGCAGCCGCCUUUACCGCGCAGCUGCAACCGCAUUUACCGCCCGUUGAUACGCUCAAUGCGACGCUGCAGCUGGACAACGGCGCCUCUGGUACCUUUUCCGUCUCGUUCGGCACGUCCGACUCGGCGUCUGAGUAUCUGGUUGCGUGUGAGCGUGGCACGGUGCAUGUGUCGCGCGGCAAAGUCGUGGUGCGCAGACAGGGCCGGGAGGACGCGGAGGAGACUCGUGAGUUCCCCGGUGAGGGCAAUGGCGUCAAGAGUGAAAUCAAGGCUUGGGCGCAGAGCUUGGAACAGGGGUGCCCGAAUGAGAUGCAGAGUCCACAGGAGGCGCUGAGCGACUUGCAGGUUCUGGAGGCGUGCUUGAAGAGCGGGGGGCAGGGGGGCACGCCUGUUGAGGUCCAGCAAUAGAUGGGCAGUGACUAGUCUUGUUGUAUUCAAAGGUAAAGCAGCAUAGUGUGCUGUUGAGUUGAGUUGAGUAGAAUUGAGUCUCCAGCUUCAAGUCCGCUGUUAUCUUCUCAGCAAUCGUCGACAUGGACAUACAUGUAGUAAGAUGUAGACAGCAAC